CAAUCAUUUCCGCCAUUAUUAAACAGUACCUGUCGGUACAUGUCAAAAAUAUUGUAAACUAAAACGUUUUUAAGUGUAAUGAUGAUUUCCUGAAUCAAAAUGAUGAAUAUUUAAGUUAUGUUAUACAUCUUCAUCAAUAUUGAAAGGCCUCAGGAGAAAUAAGUACGCAAUAUGUCCAGCAGCAAUAAAACUUCAGCACAGGCUCAGCAGAAGUUUACCAAUCUACGUAAGCGACUUGACCAGCUUGGAUACAGACAAACCUUGGGUUUAGAGUCACUGCCACUAGUUGAAAAAUUAUUUGCUGAUCUCGUCCACACCACAGAAAGUUUGAAAAAUGCCAAGUUACAGCUUGGUAAGACAGAGGUAGAAACAAAAGAUGUGGACAGUGCAAUUGAACCUUACAAGAGUGACAAUGCUAAGUUAGUGAAGGAAAAUAAUGACCUCCAUCAACAGAUCAUCAAACAGAAAGAUGAAUCGGAUGCUAUUGUCAGAGAGUUAAAAGCAUCUCUUAGGAAACUUGAACAUGAAAAUGCUGAUUUGAAAUUCCUGAACAAUCAAUAUGUACACAAAGUCAAGCAACUGGAAAAAGAAUCAAGAGAGAAAUCGGAUAGGAUUCUGCAUCUUCAGGAGAAAAAUUUUCAUGCUGUGGUUCAGACCCCAGGAGGUAAGAAGAAGAGCAUACCCUUCCGUCGGCAAAGGAUGGAGAUUGACUGUGCUGUUCCCCCCACUGAUGGCCCCAUGAAGCACGCCUUUGCUGCAGCAGACGACCCCUAUGUUGCUGACCUCCUUCAAGUCGCUGACAGCAAAAUUGCAGAGUUGGAGAAGAGGAUCAACAUAGUGUGUGAUGAGAAAGAAGUUCUAGACAGAAAACUAAAGAGCUUCAAGCAACAGGUUGCCAACAGAGAUGAGGAGAUAGAACGGCUGAACAGAAUGUUGGAGGGAGGCAGACCGUCAGAUGUGGUGGCCCUCGAGGCCCGCAACAGGGCAAACGAGCGCAUGAUCUCUCACCUUAACAUCCAGAUUGACUUCCUGCAGCAGAAAACUCGAGAACUGGAGAGGAAAUACCAGGACUCUAAUGCUGUUAAGGAGGAUCUAGAGCUUACGCUUAGUAAGAGUAAAUUGACCAUUAGGGAUCAAGAGGCACGGAUCAAAGAGUUAGAGCUUGACCUCAGGGAUGUUGAUAGGGUGGCUAAGAGGCUAGAGACGGACAAAAACAAUGUCGUACGGACAGCCGACCGUGAAAUGAUGGAGGCCAAGGAUGAGCUGGAGAAGUCCAGACAUGAACUGGAAGAUUUAGACCUCACAAUCGCCCAAUUCAAAGCUGAGAAUCAGAGAUUGAACAAGGAGGUGAGUGAACUGAAAGCUCAGCUGACCGUGAAGGGCGGAGAUGUACUCCGAUUGGAGGAACUACUGGACCGUGUCCAGGAGGACAAGAAACGUCUCAGCAACCGCUGUAACAAGAUGAUGGCCAACGAAAAAGAACUAGUACUAGAAAUUGAAAGACUGAAGAGAAAGAAUGGGCCAGCAACCACAGUGAAUGGAAAGAAAGGAAAGUCGGCCACCAAACUAGACGCCUUUAUUCGUAGUAUCGAGGAGGAGAGAAACUACUACAAGGACCAAACGGAGGCUCUCCAGAAAAUGCUGAGGGGGGAGAUUCAAGGCCGUCCUCACACAGUAGUAGUCCUGUCAGCUUAGCCGUCCGACAAAAAGGUCAGGUCAAGGCCGUCCUCACACAGUAAUAGUCCUGUCAGAGACCUAGCCAGCAAGUCUGACAAAAAGACCGUGGCGCAGUACGAGACCAUUAUUCGGGUAUUGGAGGAGGAGAGAGAUUACUACAAGAAGGAGUAUGAAGUCCUGAAGGCAGUGAAGAAGUCUUCCUCCUCCGCCAGGGCUACCCCAACCAAGAGCUUCACAUCAGAUGACCCAGAGCUUUCAAAGGUCAUUAGAGAGAGAGAUGAUCUAAAGGCUUUAUUGGACAAAUUUGAGAGGCAUAUGGCAGAGAUUCAAGCCAAUGUUAAAGUCCUGACAGCAGAGAGAGACAAGCUGAACAUUAUGUAUGAGGAGACUAAAGAUGAGCUCCAGAGAGUGAGGAGGGAGCUGGUGAAAUCCCCCAAAUCCCCCAAGACGUCCCUGGCAGCUCAGGCCAUUCUACGGCGAGUGGAGACGGAGAGAGAUGACGCCCUCCAGGAUUUACGACGCAUGACGACAGAGAGAGACAGCCUGAGAGAGAGACUGAAGAUAGCCACGGAGACCUCGCUGUCUGAUAGAGCUAAACUAGAACAGAAGAUUGAGGAUCUAGAUACCGCUCUCACUCAUGUUGAGACAGAGAAGAAUGAGAUGGCCCUGAGAAUUGCGACCCUGAAGGAGGACAUCAGGAGUUACGAAGACCAGGUGAAGGAGCAGGCCCUCAGGCUUGGACAGGCUCAGGACAGCAAUGCUCAAAGCAGGUCCACAGCAGAGCAAAUGAAAAUGAUAGCUGAGGAGACAGAGAAAUCAUUAGAGGACACACAGAAGAGACUGUCACACAGAGAACGUGAGCUCCAUAACCAGGAGGAGAGAGGGGUGGCCCUUGAGGACAAGUGUGCGGAGCUGAAACGGGCACUAGAGAUGGCCAAGGACGACAUCAGUCAACUCCGAGCCACCAUCAACGCCAUGGACAGGGAGAAAGACUCAUUACAGCACACGGUAGAUGAGAAGACAGAGAAAAUAGCUCAUCUCAAUGAGGAUAUAUUACAUAAGGAAAAACUGAUGAGUGAUCUGAAGAUAAGAAUGAGUGAACUUGAAGCACAACUAGAGCAUGCUAAUGACAAUUUGAACUUAAAAGAACGUGAGCUUAAGAGUAUGCGUCGUCAGUUAGACAGUACGUCGGAGGAUCUGAGUGAGUCGAGUCGCAGCAAGGACAUCGCCCUGCGGGAGAAUCGACGUCUACAGGACGACCUGGCCGUGAUGACGCGUGAGAAUCAGAAACUGAAUUCGGAACUUCAGGAGACACUCGAGGACAAGGAACAUCUAAAACAACAAGUACAGGACUACAUGAUGGAGGUCAAACGCAUCGAGGACGUACUGGCCAGGAAGGAGAACGAGAGGACAGAUCUGUUGGAGCAGUACCGAGCUUUAUCAGCCGAGGCAGAACAAUAUCAGACCUCCACCCACCAGCUGGAGAGCGAGGGAUCUAAUCUACGUCUGGAGCUCAUGACAAAGGACUCCGAGCUUAGGAGAGCUCGCGAUAAGCUUGACAAUCUGGAAAGAGAGAUUCAGGAGCACCUGAAUGCGGAGCAAGCUUAUGAGUUACAGGUGUCUAAUCUGACACGCUCGGUCGGUAACCUGGAGGAAGCGAUGAGACAGACAGAGGAGGAUAAACAGAACCUCCUGGAGGAUCUGACCGCGGUCCGAGAACUCUGUGCCAAACUGGAGGCCACGAAGGAAUCCAUACAACGACAGCUCACCUCGGCCAGUCUCGACAAGGAGCAGAUGUCUACUUUGAUUGAGGACAUGAAACAGGAGACGGAACUCCUUAAGCAGCAGUUAUCCAGUGAGAGGACGAACGCCAAGAAUCUGGAGGGACUGUUACAGAACAACAGAGAGAAAGAGUUCACCAGUCAGCUGGCUCAGCAGGAAAAGUCCUCCGAGAUCCAGAUGUUAAAGGACAGACUGGCCCUCAACGAGAGCAAAAUACAAAGUCAGGGACGUGAAAUUGCAUCAUUGAGGACUAGAAAUGUUGAAUUGGAAGGAGAUGUAGAAAGAUUACGUAGAAACUUAACAAGUGAGAAGUUUGAGAGAGAAAGAGCCAUUCAGGAACUUCGCCGACACAACAUUGCCCCACCCAUCCCCACCAUGGAGUACAGUUCCUAUCCUAGCUACUCCAGAACUUACUCCUCCAUGACAAGGUCAAGGUCGCGAUCUAGAUCAAGGUCACCCAGCCCAUCCAGGUAUAGGAGCCCCGACACAUCCUACCUGAGUUCAUCUGCCAGGCGAGCCCGCAGUCCAGAGAGAAGCAGCUAUUUAGACGACCCGUCAGAAACCUCCACGAAAGGCAUCGGUCAGGACGUCUUAUGAUCAUCACAAAGCAGCAACUUCACAAACUUAGUUAUGAACAAAUAGGCUUAAAAAAAAUUAUAUAUAUUUUUAUGUUCAGUAUGCCUGUAGAUUUUUAUACAUGGGUGAAUAAGUCCUAAUGUAUGUGAUUUGUAAGAAAUCCACUGCCCUGAACCAAGUCAGUUAUUGGAAAUUUAUAUGGAAGAGAAAGCCUCAAGAAUUUUUAAGAUCAUCUGUUAUAGAUAUUUUUUUAAAAAGAGCACAUUUCUAGUGGACAAGUUUUGUAGAGAUAUGUCUGACCUUGGGUGUAGAAGGUAUUUUUUAGUAUCUAGCUACAUGAUAUUUUAGAUAUUUUUGUCUGUGAUAUUUUCAAAUUGCCAUCAGUGGGUUACUGAUGGAUAUUAUGUACUCAGUGACUUUCUUAAUUAUUUCAUUAUUGUGUAAUUGAUGAUGGUUUUAACAUCCGAGUAUGGUUUAUGAUUCAGCACAUUGAAGUUACUACUGACAGAAGGGAAAUUUAAGUUCUUUUUCACUUUAUUUUUCUUAUUUCUUUAUUACUUUGUAAAUCUCCCUUCUUUUUUCAAAUCAAGUUUCCGUCCAUUAAUAUUUAUAUAAAUAUUGCCAGUUUUGUUUGUAUUUUUGUUUUAGCGAUUUUUAUUUUUAUUAUUUAAACAAUUUAUUUGAAAUAUGUAGUAAUUUAUAAGCAAUUUUGUUGUAAUAUAUUGUGUCGAUCAAUGAAUAUGAUUUGUAGCAAUAUCAUGCAUGCAUUUGAGAGAACAAAUUAUAUAUUCUAUGAUCAAAAAUUGCAUUUAGUUUUAUAUUUAUUCUCAGAAAGUGCUGAAGAUUAAGUAAAUAACAUGAAUCAAUUAGAAAUUUGUUUUGCAACCAUUUUAGGAACAUGAAUCACUUUAUUUUGGAGUGACAGAGUGUGGAAUUGUCUUUUGCGUCAUUUUAAGUGUAAACAAAUACUGUGGUGGGAUGAAAACAAACUCAAUUAAUUUGAUAAGUUUUUUAUACCCCUGACUUCAAUGCAUCAUGUAUAAAGAACAAGAGACAGCAGAGUGAUCAACUCCCUAAACUUUAUACAGUCAGGCACUACCAAAUUCACAGGGAAGGUCACUGUAUUUGUAAGGCAGUCUGCUUUAACACCAUUUGUUUCUUUCAGUACUAAAUAUGAAUCAUAUAUUUACAGAAUAAAUUAUUUAUUAUUAUA